AUGGUAAAAGACGACGCCGUACGACAACGUCAAGCACCUGUUGGAAGUGGUCGUGGACCUCGUAGUGGUAAUCUAAAAAGUAGUUCUAGAGGUCGUGGUGGCGGUGGUGGAAGUGGGCGAGGCAAGUCUACCAAAAAACGUCAAUGA